GAAAACAAAUCCGGUCGACCGUCGGAGAACCAAAUCGGACGGGGAAAUCUGACCCAAAACCUAGAACAAACGGACACACACAGGCUCCCGAGUUGACCCAUUAUCUCGGCCCCGACCACCGAGUAAACUCACGCGUCUUUUGGUCUCGAUCCAUAUAAGCUACGCCGAGCCGCCGCCUCCACGAUCCACACGAGCGCACGCACCGAUCGAUCCAACUCGUCGCUGCAACCACCAGCAAUGGCGCUCAAGGGUACACCAAUGCCGCCCAAGGACGUGUUCGCCGGGUCGUCGUCGUCGUCGUCGUGGUUCGCUAAACUGAUGACCCUGGAGGUGACCGUGGUGUCCGCGGAGGAGGUCGUCUUCGGGGAUCGCUGGCGCCGCCCGCUGGACCACGGGGCGCACGCCGUGGUGCGCACGGGCUCGUCGGAAGCGCGCACCGGCGUCAACGACGAGAAGGGCCACUGCAACGGGUACCCCUACUGGGGCGAGGCGGUGCGCGUGACGGUGUCGACGCACGCCAAGGCGAUCGACGUGGAGAUCCACCGCCGGCAGGAGCCCGUGGCGGCGGCGAGCGUGCCCGUCGCCGACUUCAGCGUCGGUCCGCCAGGCCACCUGCAUUGCCUCAGCUACCGGCUGUUCGACACCAGGUCGGGGAUAAGCAGCCGCAACGGCAUCGUCAACAUCACCGUCAAGAGGCUCGACGGCGCGGCGGUGCCUCGGGGUGAAGGGAAAGGCGGGAAGACCGUCGAGGAGGCCGCGAGUGGAAGUGGUGAUUCCUGCUGUGGUGGUUUGGCCGACAAGGGGAAGGCGCCACCGGCGGCCGCCGCGGCACCGGCCGGUGCGGUGAUGGGCUAUCCCGUCGAGUUCUCCGCUGCUGGACAAGCUAAUGGGAAGGGCUGCGUAUAGUGGCAGAACGAGUUAACUGGGUUUCGACGGUAGAUUCUCUUUGAUCAUGCCAAUUGUACAAAUCAUGCUGAAAUUGGCGCCUGAAAUUGUGCUACAAGUUGUAAGCUAGGUUAAAUCCGAGCAAUAUGUAUUGGUCAAAAAAUGGUUUUAUAUACUGUUUGAAAAAAUCGG